CGCAGAAAUUACAAGAGAGCCUCUCCCAGCAAAUCAUCUCUUAAUUUCUUGACUUCACCAUGGGGAACUUAGCUGCCUGCUGCCGAAGCUUCUGGUGCAAACCCAAAAACCCUGACAUCCGGAUCAGCCUGCCUGCGGUCUGCUUCGUGUGGCAGAUCGCCAUGAUCAUCCUUUUUGGACUGUUUGUGCGUUAUGAUGAUGAGUCAGAUGCACACUGGUCUGAGCACAAGCAUAAGAACAACAUCACGAGUGACAUCGAGAAUGACUUCUACUACAGAUACCCAAGUUUUCAGGAUGUGCAUGUGAUGAUCUUUGUGGGUUUUGGCUUUCUCAUGACCUUCCUGAAGCGCUACAGCUUCGGCGGGGUCGGAUUCAACUUUCUCAUCGCUGCCUUUGGUCUGCAGUGGGCUCUUCUCAUGCAGGGCUGGUUUCACUCUCUGGACCCGAAUGAUGGCCUAAUCAAGAUCGGAAUUGAGAAUAUCAUCAAUGCUGACUUCUGUGUGGCUGGAUGUCUCAUUGCUUAUGGAGCUCUUCUGGGGAAAGUCAGCCCAGUGCAGCUGAUGGUGUUGACACUAUUUGGCAUCACACUGUUUGCAGUCGAGGAAUACAUCAUUCUUAAUGUUCUCCAUGUUCGGGACGCCGGCGGAUCCAUGGUCAUCCACACUUUCGGAGCAUAUUACGGUCUGACAAUAUCGUGGAUUCUUUAUCGACCGAAACUAGACCAAAGCAAGAAUCUGAGCGGAUCUGUCUACCACUCUGAUGUCUUUGCUAUGAUUGGCACCCUCUUCCUCUGGAUGUACUGGCCCAGUUUCAACUCUGCCAUUGCAGAUCAUGGAGACGGACAACAUCGGGCCGCCAUAAACACCUACCUUGCUCUGGCUGCUUCAGUCCUUACUACAUUUGCCAUAUCAAGCCUUUCAGCCAAAAAAGGAAAACUGGACAUGGUGCAUAUACAGAAUGCAACUCUGGCUGGGGGAGUCGCCAUGGGAACAGCGGCUGAAUUUAUGAUCUCACCGUACGGUUCUCUCAUCGUGGGCUUCGUCUGCGGGAUAAUCUCCACAUUUGGCUACCUGGUGAUCACUCCCUUCAUGGAGAAGUACCUGAAGAUUCAAGACACAUGUGGCAUCCAUAACCUGCAUGCCAUGCCCGGCGUCCUGGGAGGAGUCGUGGGUGCCAUCACAGCGGCUACUGCCAGUGAGAGCGUCUAUGGACAUGAAGGGUUGGUAAACACCUUCGAUUUUGAAGGGAACUACGCUAAGAGGACACCUGCCACACAAGGAGGCUUCCAGGCCGCCGGUCUUUGUGUUGCUCUUGCUUUUGGAAUCGUAGGUGGAGCGAUAGUAGGCUUUAUUCUGAGACUGCCGUGCUGCUGGGGAGACCCAUCCGAUGAAAACUGCUUUGAUGAUGAGGUGUACUGGGAGUUGCCUGAGGACGAGGAGAGCAUCCCUCCAAUUUUAGAGUACAGCAGCCACAUGGUCGGCAAAAAUACAGACAUGAUGUCGCAGUCUAACUUCACUGUUGAACAGAGCUAAUGCAAGAUGUCUGUAUGACAAAAGAUGAAACAUAUCAUAUUGGGAUCAAAAAAUGAAAAGACCGAAAUAAUGUUCAGACCAAGUCUGCGCUGAAGAGAAUAUAGUCCCCGUGAUACCUUUGUAAGGUAUUGGCCUGCCUAAUAGAGCAGAGGCCCAGUCGGGUCAGCUCUUAGUUCAAUUUUUUUGUCUUUAGAGUCCUGAAAUUAAUUGAAUCAAUAAGUUUAUGCAUAUAUCAUUUCUAAAACUAAAGCAUGUAUAUUUUAUAAUCCAACUGUGCUACUUGUUCUAGGCUUAAAUUGCAUUUAGUUUCAAUCAUUCUGGAAAAGAAUGAAAUAAUUAUUGUACUCUGCAAGUUUGCUGCUGUGAUAAUGAACUGACUAAAGACUAUUAUAGUUUUGAUAUUAUGAAUGUGUUAGUUAUUUAUCUAGCUUUUUUCAAGUGUCCAGUUAUGUGAUAUUUUUUCCUUCCUGGUAUGUAGACUAUUAUUAAAGCAAUAAGCCCCAAGAAGCCAUGGUCUACAGUGAAUUUAUAACAGCUAAGGGGCGUUGUUAGCCCCUAAAACCCCUUAGCUAUUAUAAAUUCACGGUAAACCACUGCUUCACGGGGCUUUUUGCUUUUAUAAAACGGUUAUUUCAUAUACAUAGUUAGGUUUCACAAAAUAAAAAAAGAGCAAAUAAAGUGUAAUGAUAUUAAUAAAAACAGUAUUCUUCCACCAAACAAUGUAGAUCCUUAGAAAAAGUUGUGGUUGCAACAAAGUGACAAGCAACACGCAAAGUAAACAAAGGUGUAUGUCUGUAGUGUAAUUUACAACAGCUUCGAAUGCAGCCAAUCAGAAUCAAGGACCGGAACUCUCCGUUUUAUAAAUUUGAUUAUGUGAAGGAUUACAUGAGGACUUUUGAGAGGUCAAUGACCUCAGAGUGUUUUUAGACCAUGUUGAAUGCUAACAAUAUUUUUUGCAUUUUUAUUUUUAUCAUGAACCCUUAUAUUCUUUGCCAUUUUAAAUGUCAAAUGCAACAUAACUCUAUGACUUUACAUUGGUGCUCAAAAACUGUGUACUUGCUAAAUGCAAAUGUUUGUUUGUUUUAAGAGCUGUUGUACUUUAUAUUGAAGUCUAUUAAAUGUUUAAACAUCUAAAAA